AUGAACUUACAAUCAAAUGACACUUAUAACUCUAAUCCGAUCAAUUCAUUUGGUCCAAACCAAAACGAUUUGUUGAACUCUUUGAACAUCGAAUCGAACAAAUUAAAGUUCGAAGAAACAAAGAAGAAAUAUGAAUACAUGAAACAAAUUACACCAAUGAUAACAAGCGAAUCCAUGAAGAGUUGCCUCGAUUCAGUCAAGAAAUCACGUGAAGACAUUUUGAUUUAUGAAAGAACGAGAUAUUUGUUGCCUUUCUUGAAUCCAGAAAAAUAUCCAAAAUCAAUUCGACCUCAAAAGAAAGAACAAAUUCAAAUUUUGACACCAAAAUUGUUGCAGUACAAUGAAAUAUCGCCAAUUUUCAUGCAGCAUAUUUCUAUUUUGAUCAAUUACAUUCAUUCAAACCCUGAGUUAUUCGCUAAAGGAAUUCUUGAAAGAUCAAACAAAGAAGAUUUUUCUUAUAUAACAAAUGUUUUGGUUCCAACUUUAUAUGGUUUCUUUGUUUCUCAUGAGUAUUUCUCGAAUGCGUUUAUAUUCUAUGCUCACAUUGUAAGGCUCUGCAAACCAGAUGUUUGCAUGCAAGUUGUCUCUCCUUAUUUCUGCUCAAUUGGAUCAUUCAGAUUCAUUGAACAAAUCAUGUCAAAAUUUGCUCUAAAAUUACAAAAUGAAGUUGGUUUUGACAAUCCACAAAAAGUUCCUUUGCUGAUGUCUGUUUAUGUGAAUAUACUGGCAGAGAUGAUCAUUAAUGAUCGAAAACUUCUUCCAAGCCAAAUAAAGAUCAUUUUAUAUGGUGCAAAAACUCAAAAAUGGCCAAAAGAAGAUUUAAUUUCAUUGUUUUUUGAUAAGUUCUUCACACCUAUGGCUAUUCAUUGGCCAGAAGCAUCAACAUGCUCUCCUUACACUCCUUUCUUGAAGAUGAUCAUUGAUAAUAUCACGAAAAACUCAAAUUUGGCAAUGAAUAUCAUCAGUAAAUUUUUGCAUGAAAGUUCUUAUUCUGAAUUGCCAAGUUUUUAUUCUCCUUUCAAACAAGAGUUUAGAAUGUAUAUAUUGUCACAUGCAGAAGCUGAAUACGCAAUCAAGAUAGUGAAGAGUGUUGUUGAUCUUCCAAUAACACUCAAUGAAUUAAUCCAUCAUCAAGUUCAUCCUGAUGAAAGACACAGACCUUUCUUCAGUUGUGUUUUCCCUAAAAAUCAAAAAAUGCUUCCAUUGAAAUUCAGACCUUUGUUGUUCCCUGAAUCAACAAAUCCUGAAUAUCCAGAGAACCAAGAACUCGAGAGAGUAGUUCGAGAAAUUCAAAGUCAUUGCCCUCCAGGAACAUCCGCCUUCGAAAAACUACAAAAUUCGAAAGAUGAAAAUCUCAGAAAUUAUGCUUUAUUUAGAGCAAUUUCUGACAUUCAAAAACAACAAGAGAAUUUUGAAGUUUUCAUUUGGUUCUCUGUUCACAAAAACAUCAUCAAUGAAUGGAGAGAAGUAUCUAUGAGAUCUCAUGAAUGCGCUUUGCGUCCUUUGGCCCACAAAUCAUUAAGUAGUUUGCAAGUCAAUGGAAUUGAAAAUUGUUUGAAAUUAUUGAGCGAUUCAUUCGGAACUCCUAACUUGCAGAGGAAUCUUUUUAUGUUCAUGAUCAUUCCUAAGAUAAAUAGCACACGUGAGAAAGUAUCAAAGAAAAUCAGCGGAUUGACUGAAUGGUGGAAGAACUACAUUGAAAAACAAAUCAAAACUCUUGACACCAAAAACUUUUUGGAUAAAAGAUCAAAUAUUGUCAAAGAACAAUAUUGGGAUGCUGUUGAAUACCUUAAGAGUGUCAUGAGAGUUCCAGCUUCAUUGGCUUUGGAUGUUAUCAAUCAGGCAGUUAAAAGAUUGCGAAAUAUUUCUAGGGAUAAAGAAGAGUUGAACUUCCUUUUGAGCAUGGCCUGCGCAAUGUCUCAAUUCAAACAAUUGCUUGAAGUAUUCUUGAUGAUCAAUGAACUAGUUGUGAAGGACUCUCUUUUCAAGAAAAUGAUGUCUGAUGAAGAAAUGAUGAACUGGACAAUCAUCGAAAGGUUCAUUCUGAAUGUAACAUCGACUGAUCUUUCUAUUCAGAAGAGUUACUUGAAUUUACAAAAUUCAAUCAGAAUUUAA